AUGCCUGUUAUUGCGGCAGGUGUGGUAAACAGACAGGGGAAUAUUAUUCUCUCGCGGAACUUCAAUGAAGUCUCGCGGAUUCGUAUUGAAGGUCUUCUCUCUGCAUUUCCACGCCUUUUGGAGUCGUCGGUAAACAAGCAGGUGACAUACAUCGAUGCCGGCACAGUACGGUACGUGUACCAGCCGCUGGAAGAGCUCUUCCUCGUCCUUAUCACGACGAAGAACAGCAACAUCGUUGAGGAUCUGGAAACCCUGCAUCUCAUGGGCCGUCUCAUCCCGGAGUUUGUCGACACGGUCACUGAGGCAACACUGGAAGCAAAGGCCUUUCGUGUAUUUUUUGCCUUUGAUGAGGUUAUUGUUGGAGGAAAGCGAGAGAACACAACGGUGGAGCAGAUCCGAACGUAUCUGGAAAUGGACUCCCACGAGGAGUUGAUGGUACGGGAGGAGAAAAGACUGCAGAUGGAGCGGGCGAAGAAGGAUGCGUCACGCAAAGCACAUGAGAUGCGAGAAAAGCGACGGAAGGGAAUGAACCCGUACAGCGGUAUCAGCUCGGAGGAUCCGGGCUACGGCGGCUUCGGCAACACGAGCGCACCAGUGAUAGUCAGUGGCGGUGGGGUUGAUUCUGCCGUUUUGACCCAUCAGUUUGAGGGCGUGUCGUCUGCCUUUACCACAUCCGCAGCAGCGCCAGCACCAAAGCGUGCGGGUGGGUUAACGCUUGGCCGUGCAAAGAAGGCGGAUAUCACGUCGCGUGUGUUGAAGGAGGCGGGGCUGCCUUCGCCCGCCCCGGCCACCGCCGCUGGUGCUGCCUCGUCCCAACAGCCCUCAUCGUUAACCGCAGGAGCAGGGGGAGGUGUGGAGUCGAAGAAGGGGGUUCAUGAGGGAACGGUGGAGGGUCUGCACAUUUUGGUUGAGGAAAAGAUUAGUGCGCAUCUGAACCGUGACGGGGAGGGCGGUGCGGUGGAUGUUCGCGGUGAAUUAUCCGUCCUUGUCUCCGACCACAGUUGGGCACCGU